UUGCUACAACCACAGGUACCCAAACUUGGACACAUUUCUUGAUACGAUCCAGGUCCAAUAUGGCAGCUAUACAGAGGCUAGCCAAGCAAGCGUUUCAAACGUUCAAGGCAAUCGAAUCUCCAGGGUUCCCUAACAACCUAGAGAAACUAAAGGAUCUAAUGGAUAGGAUCACUGCAAGUGAUGUUGAUCUUGUUGCCCCAGAAACUUCUGACACAUCAAUCAACAUUCGCAAUGAGGCACCAGUAUCGCACAUUGCGAUUUACGAGUGCCCGUUUUUCUCCAUGGGAAUAUUUAUCGUGAAGAAGGGGUGUCAUAUCCCACUGCAUGACCAUCCUGGCAUGUAUGGUUUAUGUAAAGUUCUCUAUGGAUCAAUAAAGGUGGAGAGUUAUCAUAUAACUGAUGACUCACAAUUGUCCAACCAGUUUCCAUUGGGAUAUGGUGGAAUUGUCAAAAGAAUUCCUCUCCAUUUUGUGCGUGAAAAAGAGCGUAGAUUUGAUGCAAGUGGUGGCACAUGUGUACUGACUCCACAGGGAGGAAAUUUCCAUGCUGUCCAUGCAAUGCCUGGCCCCACUGCAUUUCUUGACAUCUUAGCACCUCCUUAUUCACCAGAAAGGGGAAGAGACUGCACAUAUUUCAAGGAAUGCGACCCACCGAAGUCGUACCAGGCUCAAGAUAACAAUUCCACUGAAGAUAAUGAAAGAUGGCUUAUUCCAAUCCCACCACCAAGAGAAUUUUACUGUGAUUCACAGGAGUACACUGGGCCAGAAGUCAUCUUGUGAUGGAUUUAGUGACAAACACAGCUGCAUGGGCUUGGAGACAAGUGUUUGGUCCUCGUUAAUCAUAACAAGCUAAGGCAGAUAAAAUAUAUACCGCUGUUGCGCCCUCAAAACACAAUGAGCGCUGAAUACAGGGCUACAAAACAAUGAACAUAAUGAUAGAGUUUUACAUAAAGGUAAAAGUCAUUUUUGACUCAGAGUAAUAAAGGGGUAUUGUCCAGUUUCAUACAGUAAAACCCUGAUAACUUGAACGCUCAUAUUAGCAGAGCCGUGAGCUCAAGUUAUCUGAGUAGAAAUAACUAAAAAGUUAGUCUCCGGGAACUUGAAGUCAGUUCACUCUAGUCAGAGUCCAAGUUAUCUGGAUUCAAGUUAUUAGGGUACCACUGUACUAUUAAUUUUAAGGUUGACAGCAUGCCGGCUUAGUAGGAAGCCUCUGUGUCUGCUGCUAAGCGGGCAAGGUUCAACCAUUUGCACUGUCUGGGUAGAUAAUUUUGGAUAGAUAAUCUAAGUCGGCCCAGGGUCAGGGGUUAUAGUGCUUGACAGGCUAUAUUAUUAAACCACAAAGUCAUCUCAUUUUUUAAUAAAUGCCUUUCAAACUCUAUUUUUCCUGACCUUGUUGGCCCUUGUCAACUUCAAUACCAAAACAACCUUUGAAUGCUAUGUUCACACUGAUGCCAAGACAUGUUUACAUUGAAAAUGUUUGGAAAUUCUGCGGAUGAUAAACAACACUGUGUCACGUGAAAUUAAGAAAAAAAUAUAUAUAAUCGUUCAUGUGUCAGUAGGGAGUGGUAUACAAAAACGACAAAAAAGCGAUGGUCGCGAUGGCGGAUCCCCACCAAACCCAGAAAAAGGGCUCAAGAUCAACUGUACGGUAGUAUUGUACUGAAGUUGGCCAAAAGUGCGAGGGCUUUGGACCCUUUUCCCCCGCUCCGGAUGAUUGUCUGAUUUUGUCAUGUUAAUAUUCAACAUGAUCGUUAAAAUACGAUCACCACAAUCGUUUUGGUUCUAGUGCGAAGAUAGCAUUCUGAUGUAACACGCAUAAAACUGACCCCCAAGAGAAAAUCUAUAUCUACUUACAAAACAAAGUCGCAAAUAAAACAUUGUUAAUAAAAGCAUGAAAAAUAA